GACUCGCUCCGUACUCUUCGUUUCCAGCUGGUCGCAUGCUAUAAGCUUAAGCCAGACUUCUUUUCGUUGAUAAUGCAAGUGCUUCGCUAUUGAGAGCCACGCACAUUGUGCACGUAGGGAGCAGCGGCGAGCCAGCGCGGAUGUUGUUGUUGUUCUUUCUCCGGAAAAAAACUCUCCUCGAAAAGUAACAAGAAAAUCCUUCAACAGGAUCAGUUCAGAAGAGUCUGAGUGAAGCGCAAAUACACAGGUGGGGAAGAUUGGAAGGGGGGUAACAAAUCCGAUCCAUAAGAACAGGAACCACCCUGACAUAGGGGGCGAUGAAUGCAACCGACGUCAUUUGGCCGGGGUAGUUUUGCGCCGACGCCAACAACCAACCCAACAACAGCGAUGACGUCGUCGAUAUCUGUCAGCGAGCACCAGCCUCCGACGGUGCCCUUGUUCCUUCAGCAGCAGCAGCAGACUCGCCGCCAUAUUGGACGCCCCAUUCGUGUUUGGCCGUUCGCGAUGGAGUGUCUUGCAGAAACCGAGGCCGAGACGGAGCAGACAGCGGAAACGACGACCGGACACCUGGGAAAUUGCGAAGGCGUAACGGCGGCCGUCGUUACGUCGUCGCCGCAGCCGACCGUAAGCGUCAACAAGAAAGACACUCACAUCAAACAAGCAGGUGCCAACAGCCAAAGUCGAAAGCAGUCGCUGGACGGAACCAAGAAAAUUGUCGAAGCCGAAUCCGUGGGCUGCACUCCAUUCUUCGGUGUUAAGCACUACCUGAACAAUUUUUACGGCAUCACCGAUGGCGAUACUGACGCCAAAAUAGUGCGCAUCAUCGAACCUGAGGACGAAGAUGAUUACUUCGCUAUAAUGACGGCCGGGGCAGGCCAGAGUAAAAGCGAAGUCGAAUGUUGGCACGUACAUCGUCGAUGCUUCGCCUGGUCAUUCAGCGUCGGAACACUGGUUGUCCUGUUGGGCGUGACAUGUCUCCUCUCGGGUUUCCUGCUGCCUCGGCACUCGGGGCUCAUCAGCCAGAUCAGCAAGAUGGAGGACAAUGACGUCAAGAUGUGGAUGUCGGCCCACUCCACCAACAGCGAACCGUCCAUCUCCUCGCUCAACAUCAUUGAUCGCCAGGCUAUCGAGCACAACAACGUGUUAGACACACUGAAAAUGGGCGGCGGGAUCGCCACUUGCUUCGGCUGUUUCUUGCUCCUCAUGACUUUCAUCUUCCCGCCCGGUAGUCAUCCGUCGAAGUGGGCCGACGAGGGAGAGACGUCACAAAUCAGUCAAAUUAAUCAGGCUCUCAAAAAUUGUCUGCUCUCGGUCCAUUCGAAAAACCAUCCAACUUUCUUCUACUCCGGGCUGGUCGCAUCGACUACUAAUGAGAAAAUACCCGUUUUCCAGCAACUUCAGUCCGUUCAGCCCAAGGAUUAGUCGAAAAGGUUAAGCCCACUGAUCCUUAAAAUUUAUCAAAACACAUCAAGGUACAUACUAUACUAACGCAGAAGGCAUUGAAGAAAAUUUUCUCGUUUGAUUUCGUGGCUAACAAUCAGCAUAUUGUCCCCGUCGAAAUAUCAGGUCGUGAAGACUGCAGACACAGCAUUGAAUACGUUUUCCCGUAAACUGUCGCCGUUCAAUGUUCUACACACAUAUAAAAUGAUACAAAAAAAUAAAUAGACAUAUGAUUAAUUAUUAUUAAUUCUAUACAGUUAUACAUGUUUGACGAAUAUAAUUUACAAUAGAUACUCGUGUGCACAGUGCAGUAUAUACAUAUAAUGAAGUGAACCGGAGAGAAAUAUACAGAGAAUGGAAUAACAA